UGUUCCACUAACCUACUGUGAACCUGCAGAUAAAAUCACUAAUCUACUGUGAAAUUUACUUCAUUCCGAGAUAACAACCAUGAACUUUCAGCAGGGGAAGAAAAAAAAAGCUCUGCCGUAUUUGACUCGGAGGGAACCCCUAAGCAAGGCAAGGAAAUCUCUGCACGCUUUUGGAAAGGAGGAAGAUGAGGGGGGGAGCACAGAGAAAGAAAAGCAAAGGAAUUCAAAGGCCUCGGUUGAUAUCUUUAUAGCCCCCUGUGAAGCCUUGGGAUGCUGCUGUCCCUAUGAUGGGGCGCAUCCAAGGGCCCUCAUUGAUACUGUGACGGAAUCGAUUAAAGAAGAAACAGCACAGCUGCUGCUGUGUGCGAACGCAGAGAUUGGGGUCGUUGCGCUGCUUGCUUUGCAGCUAGCUAGCUGCUUUUGUCAUUCACCUGCGUUGGGGCGUGGUUUUUUUUUCCCGCUUUUCUUCUGAGAGAGGGGCUGAAGGCUAAAAGCCUUUCACUUCUCGCGCAGAAUCGCAUUAUGCGAGAUGUCUUGGAGAUAAAAGAGUUGUCCGUAAUAGUAUGCGUGCGAAAAUCGCGAACAUGCAUUGUAAAUCUCAGUAGUUGUUUCCUAAGUUUUUUUCCGGCAGAACAUGCAUUGAUUCA